CUUUGCUGUACUUGUUCAAUGGCAAACCAAAAUCAUGAGAAUCGGGAAAGGAAGAAGGUGGAGGAUGGAGCUUUGGUAGGGUUCUCUCCGGUCUCUUCCCCUCGGAUUUUUUGGAAAUCCCGAAAGAGAUCUUCAUCAGAAAUGGCAUGGUGGAACUAUGGCCUCCCUAUUGUGUUUGAUACUAUGCUAGUGUAUAGAUAUGCAGCGUCUCUAAGUUUGUUGGAACUACAAUAGUAACUUGUUUCCAACAGCUAGCUCAAUGAAUAUAGACAAGGUAACAGAAGAUACUGCUGAUGAAACACCCAACAAACAGGAAGAACCUCUGAUUGAAGAGAAGGCGCAGGACUCUACUGAAAGUUCUAUGAUCUCUGAGCGUCGAAAGGCCUUGUUUGAACCAUUAGAACCAAUAACGAAUAUAAAUGGCCGACGACCAUCAGCUGAAUCCUUACUCCCUCCACCUGACUUUGACUCCACAAACUAUCCCAAAGGCUGGCUGAUUGGAAAGAAAAGAAAGCUAGUCAAUGUGGAUGUUGUUGAGAGCAUGCGGAGGAUUGCUGUGCAGGAAAUGAACAGAAAGGACAGGGAAAUUGAUGGCCUAAAUCAGCAAUUGGAAGAGGAUGGCCAAUGCCUAGAACAUCUGCAACUUCAACUUCUGCAAGAACGAAGCAAGCGUGCAGAGGUCGAGAGAGAAAAUGCAGUGCUACAAGAUCAGAUAUCUAUGUUGAUGAACAUGUUACAUGAUAACGAGUCCAUGGGAGAAGAAGGCCCAGAUGAAGGCUCAGAUGAACCAUAGUGGUGGUUUGUUCGGUCGUUUGUUUGUUUGUUUGUUUGUUUAUUCUUUUUGUAGAAAGUUUCUAAAAAGUUGAAAUCAACCAUUCAAAACAUAGGUUUUAUAUAUAUAAUUGCACAGGUUGGUACUGCUAGUGCAUUGGAGAUGAA